CUGACAACAGUGACGUGACAAGGUGAUAACCACGUGUGAUACAACACACUCAAAAAUAAAGGAAUUUACGAUAUACAAAGUACAAGUUUAAAAUCUUCGUGUUGUGUUUUGUGUUUUUAAAUAUUCAAUUUUGCCAAAAUGCUGUACUUGGAGGACUAUCUUGAAAUGAUCGAACACUUACCUCAAGAACUCAGGGACCGUUUCACGGACAUGAGGGAAAUGGAUUUAGGAAUCCAUAAUAACAUGGAUGAACUCGAAAAACGAGUUAAAACAUUCUUCAACGACUGUAGAAGGUUCCAAAAUGAAGAUCUUCCUUCAAACUUGGAACAGGAAUUUGAGGGGAUAAGAACUGAAUAUUAUAAAACGUUGGAAGAUGCUGACGAAAAGGUACACUUAGCAAACACGAUGUACGACUUGGUCGACAAGUACCUGAGGAGACUAGAUUCAGAAUUGCACAAGUUCAAAUGCGAAUUGGAAGCAGAUAACAAAGGUAUUACCGAAGUAUUAGAGAAGAGAUCCCUGGAAAUGGAUACUCCCACACCCGUAACCAAUUUAAGUCAGAAGGAAAACAGAUUUGACAGUGUAAACUCGAACAGUUACUCGAGUCGCUAUGCAAGGCCAAGAAGUGAAAGAAGGCGAGAUAGCAAUUCAUCUCUAAGCAGCCAGUUUGCAGAAAAAAGACAAAAUAUGCAACAGGCAUCGAAUUCUUCUUUGGCCACUGCAUCAGCAGUAACUGCUGCCCCUCUAAUUGAACCAACAAGGCUAGCGACUUCUUCAAUCCCACAAAGUAGUGUCCCUAGUAAUUCUGCGUCGGCUGCAGGAAUUUCUUAUGGUUUGGGGCACGGACUUGGGGCUGGUACUGCAAUUGCUGCUGCUGCGUCACAGGCUAUAGCUGCAACUCAGCAGAUGCAGCAGGGCAGGAGGACUGCUAGUUUGAAAGCAUCCUAUGAGGCUAUUAAUACGAGUGGUCAUGAGUUUAGAGAACUGGCCGGCGCUGCCCAAACUGCUAUUCAAGCCAUUCAACAAGAUAGUGCCAAUAACAGGAAGAAACAAAAUAAGAAAUAUAGUAGCACUGCUACGUCAACAUUGCAACAAAUAGUGCCCGCCCAAGUACCACAACCGCUUGUUCAAGAAGUACCCACUGUGGAAAUGGAUGCCGCGGCCACAGAAGUAACUGAAGGUGAAUGGACAUACGAUCCGAAUGAACCACGGUACUGUCUCUGCAACCAGGUAUCUUACGGUGAUAUGGUGGCCUGUGACAACGAAGAGUGCCCGUCUGAAUGGUUUCAUUAUCCUUGUGUGGGAAUUUCAGCUCCUCCCAAAGGAAAAUGGUAUUGUCCUCAAUGUACUACUACAAUGAAGAGGCGAGGGGGAAGGAAAAAUUGAAAUGUAGGAUUGCAAAUGUUCAGAAUCAUUCAAUGGAAGUUCUGUUUAUAGCUGAGUAACAAUGCAGGAAACAGUUCAGAUCCUCUAAGGAUGAAAUAAACUUUUUUUAUGUACGGCUUAUGCCAUGGGUUUCACAUUUUAUGAAUCGCUACUUUUUACAUUAUAUAAUCUUUGAGUCUCAUAGUGGAUUUCUCCAUUUAUCGAUAUUUAUUUUUACUAUUGAUAAAUCAAAUAUGUACCUAAUUAUGUAUACUUUUUAUUUUAGGAGAUUUAUUUAAUAUUAAAAGAGAUGCUUUCUGUACAGGUUAAACUAAAUUUAAGAAAUUUCAUUGGGAUUUCAUAAAUCUUAAAAUAAACAUGGUUGGUUGAUGAGAGCCUGAUGAAAAAGACACGGUUUUACCAAAUUUCGAGUUUUUCCAGAUGUCUGCGGACAUUUUUUGAAUGUCAAGGCGGCAUUUUAUUGAGACAUAUGUAAGUUGUGCAAUUCUAUCACGAUUUAAUCAACCUAGGGUGCGAUUUUCGAAAUCAUUCAAGUACAAUUCGUACACGAAAUUUGACUCACAGCAAUGUAAAUUAAAUGGAGGGCAUUCGAAAUCGUAUAAAAUUUCGUAUGCGAGAAUAUUCGAAAAUACGACCCCUAGUAUAUUUUACGGUGUAAGAGAUCCCAAUAAUUGUACUCUGUACAAAUAAAUGUAUUGCCUGGCCACUCUGCCAAAGGAAAUUCCAAUUUAAUUCUGUCAAAUGUAUAGGUAGAUAAUAAUUACAUUAUAAUGAAAAGUACAAAAUGUAAAAAAAAAAAAUAUUGAUGUUCGUUAUAGGGGCUAGAUGAUUUAAUUUAUUUAAUUUUUUUGGUUCUUAUUAAUUCAAAUUUGUUUCAAAAGUUGAAAUGUGAUUUUGUUAUUCCUUAUUAUUAUAGUUUUUUGUUUAUAAGAGUGUGAAUUUUGGGAAUUUCUAUACAAAUUUAUGUCUAAAUAUAUAUGUAAUAAUUUUGUCAAAUACAUAAAUGUACAUAAUAACUAAGAGUUAUUGCAAAAAGCAAAAAAAAGAAAAUCAUGUUUGUCAUAGGGACUAAGUACAUAUAUAUUUGGAUUCUUUUAAUUUUCUUUUGAUUUUUAAUAAUUAUUUUUUUUUUGAGGCAGUUAUUCAUUAUUAUUAUAUACUUUUUUUAUAUUAUGGUGACUUUUAGAAUACCUAUAUUAAUGUUUUUUUCUAAUGCAUAUACGCUUAUUUGUCUUAAUUGGUAUAUUAGUAUGUAGUAACACUUUUUAUUUCGAUUAUACAAUACUUAUAAUAAACUGAAUAUUAUUUUG